AGAGCCUAGGCGGGGUCGGGGCGCGACCACCCCAAGAGCUGCUGGCCGGAUGGGUCUCUGCAAGUCCAAGCUGCCCGAGAUGGGCAGGGCUUUGAGGCCCCAGGAGAAGGGUAACGUCGCGGGGGCGGCUGGCUGGCUUCCUGGGGGGAAGGGAAGGAAGCUGCAGAGAACAGGAGCGAGAUGCAGGAUCCCCUACCCUGUUCCAGGCAUGCACACCACCCCCCACCCGUCAUGGCAGUAACACAACUGCGCAUGCUCACGGCGCAACCAUUCAUUGCUCCACUUCGGAUACUCCAGCACCUCCUGGGUUCGGGGCCCCGCAAGGUGAAUCUGUCAAACCAGCUUCCCACGGAGGAUUACAGUGUCCUCUCGAGGGUUACAGUGUCGUGGAGGAGACAGAUUCAUAACAUGGGAAUCUACAACCCAGGAAGGAGCAGGAGAAGCACAGCGGGGCUCUGAGGGCUCAGAGAAGAGGGGAGGUUUCAGUUGGGCACUGAAGGAUGCAUAGAAGUUGGCUAAGCAAAGGGAAGGGGGCAAGACACAAAAGUUGGGCCAUGAACUACAGACACCGUCGAUGUGUCUGUUUUCAUUUAUUCCUCAUCCACCACUAAAUGUCAGGAACCGCAAACUCCUAGGAAUAUAGGAAUGAGGGAGGCAGAAAUAGUCCUUGCCCUCAUGGAGUCGAGUCUGGCUUGGGGGAGACAAGUAAACGGCCGGGCACGGUGGCUCAUGCCUGUAAUCCCAGCACUUUGGGAAGCCAAGGCGGGCGGAUCACCUGAGGUUGGGAGUUCGAGACCAGCCUGACCAACAUGAAGAAACCCCGUCUCUACGAAAAAUACAAGAUUAGCCGGGCGUGGUAGCACAUGCCUGUAAUCCCAGCUACUCAGGAGGCUGAGACAGGAGAAUCGCUUGAACCUGGGAGGCAGAAGUUGUAGUGAGCCGAGAUCGCGCCAUUGCCCUCCAGUCUGGGCAACAAGAGCGAAACUCCAUCUCAAAAAAAAAAAAAAAGGAAAAGAAGGAAAGAAAAAACGAGUAAACAGAGAAGAUCAUGACAGACUGUGGCCAUUGCUGUGGAGGAAAUAGGUGUCUCAGACAAGGAGUGAUGGGCGGAAGCUCUAGACGGAGGCUAGAGAAGGCCAGAUGGAAGUUGUGGCCAGAAGGAACUGGGACAGGCAGGGAUUUUCCAAGCAGAGGAAACAGCAAGGGAGAAACAUUCUCAAGUCCCCCCUGAUCAUCUUCGUGAUGGGCGGCCCAGGCUGUGGCAAAGGGACACAGUGCAAGAAUAUGGCGACCAAGUACGGCUUCUGCCAUGUGUGGCUGGGCCAGCUACUGAGACAGGAAGCUCAAAGGAGCACGCAGCGGGGCCGGCAGAUCUGUGACAUCAUGCUGCAGGGACUCCUGGUGCCUGCGGGCAUCAUCCCGGAUAUGGUCAGUGACAACAUGUUGUCCUGCCUGGAGAGCUGGGGCUUCCUAAUCGAUGGCUUUCCCCGGGAGCUGAAGCAGGCCAUGGAGUUUGAGUGCAUCGUGGGCCGGGCCGCCAGUGUCAUCAUUGUUUGACUGCUCCAUGGAGACGAUGCUCCGAGUGCUGCACUGGGGCCAGGUGGAGCACCCGGCAGACGACUCGGAUCUGGCCAUCUGCCAGCGCUUGGACAUGCACUACACCUUGUGUGAGCCGGUCUUGACCUACCAGCAGAAUAACCUGCUCCGAAAUGGAGGUGCUCCCUGCUUCUGGCUCACUGCACCCCAACCUCUAGGGAACAAGUCUGGCUUUAACAGUCCAGGGUCACCCGGGCCUGGUCCUCGCUUUCCUACCAGAUACCGGCAGAGGAAGCACCAGAGAACAUCUCUGCCAAGUGCUGCUCUGUCAUUGAGAGUCUGCAGUGAGACAGAGGGGCUGGGGGCAGGCCUUGCCCCUCACCGGAACCCGUGCAGGACGUGGGAAGGAUGCGUACCUAGGAGGUGAGACUUCCAGAAAGGGGGGCCGAUGCCCCCUGUGAUUCCAGAGCAACAGGUUCCCUUUCCCGGGGCCUGUUUCCCCACCAGGCAGGUUGGCCAGGGGCCACCAAGGAACAUGCCUCACUGGGCCAGGUGCCUGGCACACCUGCAUGGGUCAGGGGACUGUAAACAGCCCCCCCAGAAGCCACAGCUGUUACUGGCUCCUGCCGGGGCUAUCACCAGGCCCGUGAGCCCAGGACAUCUGAGAUGAAGCCAGAGUUUUAAACGCUGGCAUUCAGCCACAACCUCAGAGACCCUGCAGCUGCAUGCACGGCUGCAAGAUGCCUGCCCAGGUCCAAACAGCUUGGGUGGCCCCUCGGUGCCCUCUCCCACCUCACAUCCGGUCCCACCACCCACCGAGUAUUGGCGUGGGCCUGGCUCCUACCUCAGGGCUCUGAACGUUAACAGGCCAGAGGACCUCCUGUAGCAACAGCCCGUCCAUAGGAACGCCGGUCCCUGAGGCCCUCCUGAGCGCCUUGCUCCCCAAGGUGCUGGAGGGAAACUGGGUAGGGGAAGACAGCAGUGCUGGGCUCAGCCAGCCUCCCCUUCCCACAUCGGAAGGGGAAAGUCUUGGGGGGCCAUACCCCACUGUAAUUGGCUGAGACUUGCUCAACUUGUUUCCUCUCACAAACACAACUGCGGCCAGCACGCAGUCUUUUUUUUUAAACAAAAAGCACUUUAUUUAACAAAAAAAAAGGGGGGGGGGGCAGGGUUAGGAAAGCACAUUGAGCCUGAAGAAAACUAUUUUCUCUUAUAUUUUUCUUAAAAAAAAAAAAAAAAAACAAACACAAAGUUUGUAAUUUUUCAAUCACCAUUAUCAGGCUUUUUAAACAACAUCUAUAAAGAACAAACAUCCGCUUCAAAAUUACAGGGAGGGAAGGGGGGGGGGGGGAGACAGACAGCACCCGCAGACGGGGAGGUUUUGUUAUCAUUUAUUUGUGAAGUUAAAAACGAGCGAUAAAAAGUAAAAACUGCCAUACAAUUUUUGUUGUUGUUCUCAUUUUGUUUUCAGUUUCAAUCUCCUCUUGAACAGAUGAAAAGACAACAGACCAGUCCUGGGAGGGGGGACGGGCGGGGCCGCGGGAGCUGAGCCAGGGCAGGAGAGAAGAGGGGGCUCGGCUGCUGGGGGAAGGGGUCCUGCAAUACAACACCUGGUCCAAGGAAUGUUCCACCUCUAACUAAAAAAAAGAAAUAGCAAGAGUGACUUUUUUUUUUCCUU